AUGCAAAUAAAGUAUUUGCUUUUAAUAGCACUUUUGCUUGCAGUAACUAAUCAAGUCACAGUGACAAAAACAGAUUAGUGUGAUGACUGCACUUAAUUCAAAUCUUCUGCUGAUUGCAAAUCAUUUGGAUGCACUUGGACAGAUAAAACAGCAACUACCGCAGGAUCAUGCGCUAAAACAACAACACCACCUCCAGUUGCCUUUACUCCAUAUUGUUAAACUAUAGAAACAGCAAAUUGUUCUAAGACUUUUGGAUGCGCUUUGGUUGAAGGAAAAUGUACACAUUUUACAGGAUGUUCAGCUUAUGUCAAGACUACACAUAAAGAUUGUUAAGAUAUAUCUUAUAUGUGCAUAACUAAUGGAGUUACAUGUGCUCCUGCACUUGAGUGUGUUGCUUAUACUAAAGAAUAAUGUGAGGCAACUCCAAGUUUAAAAAGUCCAUUCAAGUGUAAACUUGAUGGAGAAACAUGUAGAGACUAUAAAUGUAGUGAAGCUGAUACUUCACUUACUACUAAUGCAGCAUGUAGUGGUUGGUUAGCUGGUUGUAGAACAACCGGUGCAGGAUGUAUUGAUAUAAUACCACCAUGUGCUAGUUAUUAAGGAACUUCAGAAACAUGCCCAAAAAUGAGAGGAACAGAUGGAAAUUGUGAAUUUAAUCCUGAUGGUAAUAAUUGUAGAGUUCGAUUAUGUACAGGUGCUGAUGCUUCACUUAAUACUAAUGAAGCUUGUGCUACAUACUAAACUGGAUGUGUAACAACAGGAAAAGGAUGUGUUGCAACUUUAGGUUCUUGCUCAUCUUAUGAUGGAAAUGCUUCAACUUGUAUUGGAUAUAUUGGUACUGACGGAGAAUGUGCUGGUGAUGCUACUGGCACUAAAUGUAGAGCUAGAAAAUGCGAUGAAAAGACAGCAACUACUGAUGAAGAAUGCAAUAAAUGGAAGCCAGGAUGUAAAUCAAAUGGAAGAUCAUGUGUUGAUGCAUUAGGUCUAUGUAAUACAUAUGAUGGAACAAUCACUACUUGUGCUGGCUUGAAAGGAACAGAUGGAAACUGUAAAGGAACUUCAACAACUACUGCCAAAUGUUCAGUGAAAGAUUGUGCAGCUGAUAGCAAUGCAACUUUUACAACUUAAGCUUAAUGUACAGCAAUUCAAAGUUUCUGUAAAACAACAGGAAAAGGUUGUGUGGCUACAUUAUAAAAUUGUUCAUCUUAUACUUAUACAGAUGAUGGUACAUCUUGCAAUUCAUUAUAUGGAUUAGAUGGAAGAUGCAAAAAAGCAGCAUCUGGUAAUAAUUGUGCAGCAAGAGUAUGUACAGAAGCUCCCACUUCAUCUACAACAAAUAAAUAAUGUGAUGAAUACAAGAGUGAUUGUGUCACUACUGGAGCAGGAUGUGUAGCAAGAACUGUUUGUUAAGAUACAGUUAAAUAGAUUACAUGUGAAGGAACAACAAAUUGUGGAUGGAAUUCAAUCUGUGUUUCUAAAACAAGUUGUGGAUAAUUACUCACAAAAUCAAUAUGUGAAAGUGUUAAGAUUAAUAAUAAACCAUGUAAAUGGGAAUCAAAUAGUUGUAGAAAUGCUAGAUGUGAUGAUUUCACUGCCACUGAUGAUAACACUUGUAAUACACUUCUUGAUGGUUGUGUUACUAAUGGAACAAAAUGUGUUGAUGGUACUAAUUGUCCAGCCUAAUUCAAGGGAUCAUAAUAAACUUGUUAAGCAUUUAAAGCAAAAUGCACAAAUGAUAAUGGUGCAGCAGAAACAGCAGCUUGUAAAGCAAGAACUUGUGAUGAUUCAUAUCUCACUUAUGAUAAUGAUACAGAUUGUGGUAACUAUUUAACUGGAUGUGUGACAAAAGGAUCAGGUUGUAUCAUCGAUACAGCAAUUUGUUCAAGUUAUAGUGGAACUCCAGAAUAAUGUGAUAAAUUUAAAGGAAAUAAAACAAAUAGAUGUUGGAAUACAAGUCCUACUACUGGUAAUUGUGUUGAUAAAUUAUGUACCUAAGCUACUGGCAUGGCAGACGACACAGCUUGUGAAAGCUUUUUAUCAGGAUGUUUAUAUGAUGGAAAUGGAAGUUGUGUAGAUAAAUCUGCAUCAUGUUUAUCUUACACAGGUGAUGCCACUACUUGCUUGAAUUUCAAAGGAAAUAAUGGAGCUAAUCCUUGUUUUGUUGGAUCAGGCGGCAGAUGUAAAUCUAAAGCUUGCACUGAUGAUUCAACCAGUACAAGUGAUGGUGAUUGUGAUACAUUUUUAACUGGAUGCGUAACUGAUGGAUUAGGAUGUAUUGCUAAAACAGCUCCAUGUAUAUCAUAUUCAGGAACAACUGAAAAAUGCUUAACAUUCACAGGAAAUUCAUCUGCUGAUAAAUGUACAAGAUUAGAAGCUUGUGUUUCAAAGAGUAUUACAUGUACUUCAAAAACUGGAGUAGCAACUAAUGCUGAUUGUUUAUAAUAUCAUAAUGAUUGUAGACUUAAAUUUGGAGACACUUCAUGUUUACAACAUUAAAAUAGUUGCACAAGUUAUGCCUUGUCUGGUUCUGUUGAUGCUGAUAAACAAACUUAUUGCAAUUCGAUUACAACAUCAGGAGGAGCAUUUUGUGGUUAUAGUACAGCAGUUACAGGAACAUGUUCAGCCAGAGCAUGCAAUUUAUGGGUUAGUACAUUGACUGGUAUUUCAUGUGUUGAUUAUGCUGGAACUGCCUCCUGUAGGUUAAAUGGUACUCAUUGCUAUGCUGCCAAUGUAUGUACUUCAUAUGUAAUUCCAACUGCUUUUACAACUGCAACUGAAAAACUCACAUUUUGUAAUGCAAUGUUAGACAAUACAGCAACACCUAAAGCAUGCACUUACGAUUCAGUUGUCAGCACUGUUAACUGUUCAAAUAUUGACUCAUGUGAAGAAAUUAUUAAUCCAACAAGUGCAGCAAGCUGUAAUUUAUAUUUUAAUGAUCGAACAUGUCAAUUUGCUGGUGGAAAAUGCAUUACUACCAAAACAGCAUGUACUGGUUAUUCAUUAACAGGAAUCACUACAACUAAUGCUGCUGCUUAUUGUACAGCUUUGAGAUAAUUAAAUACAUCAGUUGUAACUUAAUGUAAAUAUGCUGUGGCAACUACUACUAAUUGUGUUGCUAAGACAUGUGCAGAUAUCUCAUCUCCAACAUCCUAAGCAUCUUGUGAUAAUGGUGGUGUUCCAAAUUGUAAAUACUAUUAAGGAGCCUGUUAUGCUAUAGUUGCAUGUACAGCUUAUACUUUCCCAGCUUCAGCUGAUAAUGCUACUAAGAAGCAAAACUAUUGUUAGAAUAUGUAUGAAAGUGGAUCAACUGAUUAUUGUUCAUAUAAUGCAGCUGGUAAUAGUGGAGCUGGUGCUUGUGCUGCUACAAAAGCAGCUUGCACAGACUAUACUGGUUUAACUGCUGCAGCAGCUGCAGGUGAUGCCAACGAUAUUGCAAAUAAACUAACAUGUUCUAAACUUAGAAUCACAAGUGGUAGUGCUUGUGCUUAUAUUUAAAGUGAAGCAGCCAAUACCACAUGUCAUGCUCCUGCUGAUGCAGCUGCUUAGUGUACAGUUGUAACAUCUGAUAUAACUGCUGAUGCUGAUUGUGAUUUAAGAACAACAGUAGGAUUUUGUAAGAAAGAUGGUAGUAAUCCAGGAUGUGCAGCAAGAAGUGCAUGUACUGCAGUUACUCCAACAGGAAGUGAUGAUGAGGCUAAAAAUACAUUUUGUUAGGCAAAUUAUGGUCCAGAUGGACUUUAUUGUUAAUUUGUCACUGGUGCUUCAGCCUGUGCAGUUGCUCCAGAUACAUGUGCUAAUUGGAGUACUCUUCCAGCUUCAGGAAAAUUAGCAUUCUGUUAAGCAAGAAUUGCAAAAGAUGGAACAAAAUGUUCUUGGAGUCCCGAAGCAACUGCUUGUAGAGAUUAUAAUUGUGAUGAUGCAAUAAAUCCAUCAUCUUAAGCUGAUUGUGAUGCCAUUAGCGCAGGAUGCAAAUAUUCACCUUAAAAUAGAAUUUGUUAUACUCCAGCCACACCAUGCACUGCUUAUAAACUUCCUAUAGCAUUUACAACUUAAGCCGAAAAAUAAUCAUACUGUAAUAAUAUGACCACAUCUGAUGGUGCUCCUCUAUUAUGUACUUAUGUAACAGGAGCUGCAUGUGCAGUUUACGACGCUUGUGCAAGUUAUACUGUUUCAGGAUUGGCAGAUUUUGAUACGAAAUUUUCUACUUGUUAAAAUUUGCUUGCAAAUAAUGGUCCAUGCACAUACUUUUCAGGAAAUACCUGUGUAGCAGUGGCUGGUUGUGAUACAUAUACAGGUGGAACUGCUGGUACCAUAGUAGCUGAUUGUGCUAAAUAAAAGGAUGGAUCUGGAAAAUUAUGCUUUGGAGCUAGUGCUGCUUGUAUUGCAGCCACAUGUGCAGAUGUAACAGGAGCAACUAGUAUCGCUGAUUGUAAUAAAUACGUUACUGGAUGUGUUUAUUAUAAUAAUAAAUGUUAUGCUGCCUCAAGUACUUGUGCUUAUACUACUGAUGGAAGUACUGCAAUUUCAUUCUGUAAUGGAAUCAAGAAUACAAAUGGUGACUUUUGUACAGCUGAUGCUAAUACAGAUGCUACUUGCAGAUAGAGAGCUUGUACUGAUUCAGCAACUGUUAGUUUCUAAACUCAUUUAGAAUGCAAGACUUAUUAUUCAUUAUGUAAAUCAGAUGGUUAAGGAUGUAUUGAUUCAUCAGUUACAUGCGGUACUUAAACUGGAUACCUUGAUUUUUGUAAUUGGGCAUUUGAUACAGACAAUAAAUCAACUUGUGCUAAAGGAACUCUAGCAACAACCGAUGCUAGUUGCACAAAAUUAACUUGUGAAAUGAAUGUUACAGCAACUACUGAUUCUGAAUGUUAAUCAUUCCAUUCUGAUUGUUUAACUAAAGGUAAUGGUUGCAUUCAUAAAACAGAAGCAUGUUCAUCAUACUAUGGUACAAAGGAAUAAUGUUAAUCAUUCACAGGAAAUAGCAAGAAAUGCUUUGGAGAUUCAGCUACUACUAAGGUUGCAUGCAGAGAUAGAUAAUGUAGUGAUUUACCAACAGCUACUAAUGAUAGUGAUUGUGAAAACUUCCUUACUGGAUGUCUCUUCAAUGGAGUUGGAUGUGUAAGCAAAUCUGCUGCUUGUAGUUCAUAUAAGGGAACUUAGGAUACAUGUAAAGGAUUUAAGGGAAAUAAUGGAAAUAAACUUUGUUGGGGAACUAGUGCUACAGUUGUUAAUAGUUGCACAGAGAGAAAAUGUUCAGAUUUAGCUGGUACAACAGACAAAGCAUGUUAAGACUUCUUACCCCCAAUUGCUCCAUCAACUGCUUAAUUAUGUAUUACAAAUGGUACAGCUUGUGUAGAUAUUGGAAAACCAUGUUCAUUCUUUAAGGGAAAUGAUGAAACAUGUGGAUUAUUUACAGCUACAGAUGGACCAUGUAAAGCUAGUGCAGUUUCGGCUGCAGCAGUUGUCUGUACUCCUAGAGUAUGUUAUGAAGCUCCAAAUACAUUUACAACUGAUUAACAAUGUUCAAAUUAUUAUCCAGGUUGUAAAACUACAGGAAGAGGUUGCAAGAGUUCUAUUUCAUGUGGUGAUUAUACCUCUUCAACUUCAUGUACUGCAAAUACAUCAUGCUAAUGGGCAGGAUAAUGCAGAGCCUUAACAACUACAUGUGGUUCAUUAACUGCUUUAGGUUAAACAGUUUGUGUGAAUACUCCAUUAUAAAAUGCAAAGAGAUGUGCAUGGUUUAUUGGUGCCAAUAAUACUAGUGGAUGCAGAGAUUUCACAUGUGCUGAUUAUGAUGGAACCAUCACUACUCAUAAAGAUUGCUAUGAUAAAGAUACCUCAUGUACUACAACUGGAGCUGGAUGUGUGACAAUUGGUACAUGCUCAACUUAUAGAUCAAAAUCUGUUUGUGAAAAUGCUAAUACAACUGAAACAUCUUUAAGAUGCACAUGGAAUUCAACAACUGCAGCUUGUAGAUAAAGAUAAUGUGCUGAUGGAUAAUUUGCAACUGAUGACGUCUGUAAUACAUUCCUAGCUGGAUGUAAAACUUCAGGAACUGCUUGUGUUGGUCCAAACUUUGGAUGUGAUGUAUUUUCUGGUAAUCCUAAACUUUGCUAAAAGAAUAGUGCUGGAAAUCCAUGCUUAUAUGUUAAUGGAGUAUGCUACGACUAUGAUAAUUGUACUGAUAUUAGUAAUCCAUCCUUCAAUUUCUGUUAAGCCUUCUCUACUCAAUGUGUUCCAACUCUUACAACUUGUAGAGCUAUAACUCUAUGUGAUAAAUAUGAAGAUAUUAACUCAUGUUUGAUUGGUAUCAAUAAUACUAAAUGUGGAUGGUUACCAGAAGGAAAAUGCAAGGAAUUUACAACUUGUGGUGAUGCUGUAGGUGCUUCUUUAGCAGCAUGUACUUCUUGGGGAUCAAAAUGCGUUUCAGAUGGAACUAAAUGUAUUGAUUAAGGAACUUGCUCUUCUUAUUUGACAACAGCAGCUUGUGAUAAUGCUGGUACUGAUGGAUUUUGUUAAUGGUCUGGAACAUCAUGUAGAUUAAGAGAAUGUACAGAUAAAGUCGCUACUAGUGAUGCUGAAUGUUUAGCUUAUACUGUUAAGAGUGGACUUUGUACAACUGAUGGAACUAAAUGUGUUGCCAGAGCUACUUGUGCUUCUUAUUAAAGUGAAGCUGCUUGUACCAUAGGUGCAGAUGGAAUACCAUGUGUAUUCGAUUUCCCAGUUGGACAAACUACUGGAACUAAAUCAUGCAGAUCUAAAGAAUGCUCAGAUAUCAAAGGAACUACUAAUGAUGCUUGUGUUGGUUAAAUUCCAAAUAAAGCAUGUGUUUCUAAUGGAGUUACUUGUGUCAAAUAAGAUGCAUGUGCUAACUAUAAAAAUAAAUUAUCAUGCAAAGCAGGAGGCUCAGAUGGUAAAUGUGCAUUCACUCCAGCACCAACAGUUACUGAUCCUAAUAAUGGAACAUGCUAAUUGUUCAAAUCUUGUGAAAAUGCGAAUACUGAUUAAGAUGCUUGUAACAGUAAACCAAAGGCAUGCAAAUGGACAUCCACAACAACUGGAACAACUACCACAACUAAGUGUUCAGUGAUGGAUUGCCCAGGAGUUGCAACUGGUACUACUUGCAAUCCAAUCCCAAGUUUCGAUGGUUCUACUAAUACUGUUUGUGUUUUAGCCAAUAAUGUUUGUACAGCUGGAGAUCCAUCAACUAUUUCAUAAGAUUAAUGUUAUAGAUCUACAGUUUAUUCCUAUACUUGGAAUGAAGCUACAAACAAAUGUGUUGGAUGUAAAUCUUCUAGUCAAAAUAAUAAUAAUAAUAACACAACUAAUACAAACACUACCAAUAAUGGUACAAAUACUGAUGAUAAUGGAUAUAUCUUGGGUGUCACUAUCCCAUUGAUUAUUCUAGGAGUGUUUGCUUGAUUUUGAUUUAAAAUUUAUAUAGGGAA